CACGCAGGUGGGGGGUUCCCCUCAAAUGGAGGGACUCACCCUGAAGAGCAGGCUAGCUGAGCUGGGUGUGAGCCACACAGCGGCCCCUGAAUGGGGGUGAAGAGGAGCCUGCAGAGCGCUGGCCUGUCGCUGGGCCUCUUGGCCAACAUCCUCGUUGUGCUGGCCGCCUCCACUGACUUUUGGAGUCGCUUCUCUGAGGGCCACAGUGGACUGUGGCGGGUGUGUCGGAAGCACAACUGCACUAACUCCUCUUGCGAGACCAUGCUGGCGGUGACAGCGGCCUGUGUGGUCUUGGCCGCUGGCUCGGGCCUCGUGGCCUCAGUGCUGGGCAUCCGAGUCCUGCAGGCAUCCCUCAACGGGAACCUUAUUCCACCCCGCGGCCGGAACGCCUGCCUAGGCUUCUUUCUGAGCGCGCUGCUGCUGCUGGCAGGUAUGGUGGGCUACACUGCACGGGAAGCGUGGAAGGUGGAUAGCUUCUUCUCCUGGUUCUACUUCACCGCCUGGCUAGCCCUGCCCUUCUCCAUCCUCGCAGGCUUCUGCUUCCUCUUCGCGGACAUGAUCCUGCAGAGCACAGACGCCAUCAGCGGCUUCCCCGUGUGCUUGUGAGCCCAGCGCGGCUGGGCCCAGGAUCUAGGCUAAUAAAGGCGCUUCCCUCCCCCAGUCUCGCUGGAUUUCCCUCCUCCUGAAAGCCUUCCGGGAAAAACCCUGGUGGGAGAGGUCCAGAAGGGAUGGAGUGACUUACAGUAUGGAACCGGGGGAAAGGGGGAGGAAAAGACUGAGCCCCGCCCUCUCCGUGUGACCCCACCCCCUCUUCCCGGGGUCCCAGCCCGGCCCGCAUCCUUCCGGACGCGCUUCCGCACAUGCGCAAAAGGCACCGUUGCGGAGGGGGGGGAAGACGGGAGGGGCUUCAGACCUUGGACCCUCGUUUCGGUCCACUCUACCCGCUGUGUACCCUUUGCCCUCCAUUGGCGUCCAAGCCUCCAAUCCAGCACACACCUACUGCCUUCAUUGGCCCGUGGUCGAGCGCCCCUCCCUAAGCUUCCAAGGCAUUUGGUGGCUGAUUGGGGGACAGGCUGCGAGGGGCGGGAUGAUCUCAUAACGUAUUUUCUGAUUGGUGGAGGGCGGCGGGGCUGUGUGGGGAGGAGGAGUGUGGGGUAAAAGGUAGCGCAGCAGUUUUGGAGGCGGGGAGAGAAGAAAGGCGUAGGAAUUAGUGGC